AUGCGGUCCCUCUCGCCCGUCCUCGCCUCCCUGGCGAACGUAUUCAAGAUUCCCAUCUCGCAGACAUCAACACGGCCGUCCGUGACCCGCGUGUGCAAUGAGACCCUGCUGAAGAAAUCGACCAGCGGCCCCGUCACCUCCGCUGUCCAGGCCCCGGCCGCCAGAUCAUUCUCGACCACUAACGCCUUGCUCAAGAGGAAGGGUGGUGGUCCUCGCGGUGAUCGUCGAGUUACUCUGAUCCGUUAUUUCCUUCAUCAUCCCAAGACGCCUCGUCCCCUUCGUUUCUCCCGGACUCGUUAUCUCCGUCAUUGGACCAUCCAUCGUGCCUGGCAACUGUUCCAGGCGCAGCAGCGUCGCUCCGAGCAGCUGGAGCUCCAGCGCCAGUGGCAAGCGAUGAACGCGGCGUGUGAGGAGCUCCGGACUGGAGCCGGAGAUGGAGGCAAGCUGUUCCGGAAGUCGAUGAACAAACGCGGUGUGUUUAGGGAUCUGUUCCCCAUUGAGUAUGGACGGUUGCAGACUGAGGCGCCCAGUCAGGAGGGCUGGAACCAUGAAUGGAAGAGGAUGGAGAAGAAAUGA